ACGAACACAAAAACAGUUCGUAUUUCGCUUUCGAACUGGUUUGGUUGUGUUAACAGAGCAAGAAUUGGAAAAAACUGAACAACUUAAAACUAAAACUUGCAUAGUGCGUGAGGACUGGAGAGGAAUCGUUAACACAAGAUUUGGAGUGAUAUAUUGUAUUAAGGAGUGACCGUUCGAUCUCCAAUCCAAAUUUUUACAUCAAAGUCUCGCGCUUUUCCUUCUUUUCCCUUUCAUUUAGCCGGCAAAAAUAAAAAGCGGCAAAGGAGAGGCGACAAAAACAAACCGCAAAGCAACGCAAAAUGUGAAAAAUUGCCGAACAUGGCGCCGCGUGUGUGAAAGAGAGAGAGACAGAGGCAGAGCGAAGAUAAACAAUACACAAUUUUUGAUACUGAACGUUCUACAACAACAAUAAACUCAGCUCAGGUACAAAAAAAAAAAUUAAGAAAAAACAGACUGCAUAAACGGGAAUUUUUUCGUAAUAUUUUUGAUACACACGGAAAGAGGUGUACGGUUUUAUAACAAAACACUAAAUUAUAAAGCAAUACAAAAAACAAGCAAUUACCAAGUUAAAAAUAAAAAGCCGCUCGAAAAAUCAAGCAAUUAAAAAAAACUUAACAGUAGCCCAAAAAUUAAAGUUUUUCUGACUUAAAUCACACAAAAAAGGCAUUUAUUAUACAAACUAAAAAUAAAUUUUAUAAAACAAAAUAAACAAAAACGGUAAAAAAAUUACCAGAAAUAGACUCAAAAAUAAGAAAGACUUUUGUCUGCAAAUCUCCGAAAACAAAAACAUCAGUAAAAUUCAUACAAAAUUAUCUACAAAAACAUAACAAAAGUAAGCAGAAUAGCAAAUCCCCCAAAAUAUAACUAACAAAAUUGUAAUUCGUUUCAAAACCAUCAAAAUAAUAAUAAAAUCGCGUAAUCACUGGAAAUACCCCAAAAUCAGUUCAAAAAUAUUUUAAAAUCGGUUCAAAAAUAAACCUACAAAAAUAAAACACUGGAAACAUUCAAUAAAUAUACAUUCUCGGCAUUUAUAGACCACAAAUCAGAGCAUAAUUUCUCAAAAAAAAAUCAACAAGCAAUAUUUUCAAUUUUAAUAUUGCGAAAAAUGCUGAUCUACAAUAGAGAUUGAGGAUUUUCGGGGAUAGCCAACCAAUUUUUUAGCCGCAAAGAGUGCAUAUUUAGAAGAAAAAUACAAAUUUAUGGCUCCACGUCGCAACAGCAGCAUCAGCAGCAGCGGCAACACCACCCAGCAGCAGCAGCAGCAGCAACAACAUCAGCAACAGUUGCAGCAGCAACACCAAACGCAGCAGCAGCAAUUGCUGCAGUUCUACACGGAGAACACGAAUUCUUCGGGCGUUUUGAUGGCGCCCAUGCAAGGAUCUGGGGGCGUCGGAGGGGGCGUGGUUCGCUGCUGCCUACCCAGUGGAGAUUGUCGAAAAUUGGAUGCUUUGAUACCUCUGACAGAGUUAUCCUUGGCGGACUGCAUACGAGUGCUGUGCAACAAUGAGAACUGCAGUGCAGGUCAAUAUAUGCAUCGCGAGUGCUUCGAAUUUUGGGAGGCGGGCGUUUUGCAGACCCUCAAGGCCAAUGGCAGAGCUCGAUCCUGGUCGGAUAGGCAACGUCUUCAGCAUUUGUGGACCAAAAAGGGUUACGAGUUGGUCCACAAGGCCUGCAGCUGCAAAUGUGGCAGAGGACAACUGCGAAAGGAUCUCGACUGGGUGGCACCAACCAUUCAGGGCGUAAUAUACCUCAAUGGAUCGGGUAAUCGGGGCAACCUGAAUGGAAACCUCAGCGAGGACGAUGAUAAGAAGAAGGCCAAGAAAAAGCGGAACCGAAAUAACAACGGAGGUGGCAAUUCCAAGACCCCACUGAGCAACAACAACGGUAACAGCUAUGGCGGACUAACGCCCAAUCCAAACGUCGGUGUUAUUGGCUCGGGUUUGCCCCACAACAAUGGUAAUACCAAUGGCGGUAAUGCUAGCAAUGGCUCCUCGGAGAUCCUGCAACCCAGCGUGGUGGCCACUUUAAACAACAUCCUCAAUCCGAAUAAUGUCCUGGGGUUGGAUUUAAGGGCUAGAGCUGGUAGUUUGUCAUCAAGUGGAGCUGGCAGUGGUUCCACCUCGCCAUCGGCCUCGCAAUCCAGUGGAGAAAUAUCUGUAUCUCCAGUGCAACAAUUGCUGCAACAGCAGCAGCAACAAUCGCUGCUCAUGCAACCUUUGGGCCCCGCUUUCGGCAGCAAUCUUCUGCAGAAUGGAUUGGGUCUCUCGAAGAACCUUCUGAUUGCUCCCCAGCAGCAACAACAGCAACAGCAGCAACAGCAGCAACAGAACAUGCCUGCUUUGGCCAACAUUAGCAACUUUAAGCCGUUGGCCAGCUACGAGCAGCAGCAACUUGUGCAGCAACAGAAGAACAAGGAAGUCGAACUUUAUUCUGAGAGAGUGCGCUCCACAUCUGGUUGCAAUGGGAUCUUUUCGCGUCGCCUGGACUUUUCGUCGUUCAACUUGCUGCCAAAGACUCGUUUGAAUUCUUAUCAAGUCAAGAUCGAGGAUGAAGGCAAUCAUGGCAACGAUGAGACGCGUCUUUUCAUCCUCUCCUCGCUGGCCCAAUCCCAGAUGAGCCGGGUGGCCUGCAUUUUGUGCGAAGAGCCGCUGCUCGUAUUCGAUCGCUAUCCACUGGUCGACGGCUCCUUCUUUCUGAGUCCCAAGCAGCAUUCCAGCGGCUGCAUUGAGGUUAAAUACGAGGGACGCACUCUCUACUUGACCUGUGUUUGUAUGAGCUGCCUGGACGGAACCUCCAGCAGUCGCGUUAUCAACUGCAGAUUCUGCAAGGAGCCGUGGGAUGGCUCGAGCCUGGUUCUGGGCACCAUGUACGCCUAUGAUAUCUUUGCGGCCAUGCCCUGCUGCUCCGAGAGGUUCAAGUGCAAUAACUGCUUCAAGAUGCUGAUGCAUCCGCAGCAGCGGCUGAGCUUCUACAGUGACUACUCGCACGGAGUGACCUGUCCGUACUGCAACACGCAGGACACGCACUUUGUGAAGCCGCUGAGCUUCUGCUAUGCCAAGAGCCCGGCGGCGCGACUGCCGACGCUCGCAUAACAUGAGGCCCCGUUGGAGUCGCCCGUGGGAACAGGUGCCACCGCCACUCAGGUGCCAAAUGCCCAGGGCGCUUCAACGGCCUCCAGCUGCAGCUCCCUUGCCAAGCAGCCAGCCAAACAGCCGCUCUUCAAUGCCGCCAUCGAUUAUUCGGCACCGCUGCAGCAGCAAAUUAAUCCGGAUUUGAUUGGAGCCCAUCCGCAUGCCCAGCAGCACCAGCAGCAGGUGCGACAGCAGCAGCAGCAGCAGCAGCAACCACAACAACAGCAGCAACAGCAACAGCAGACACAACAGCAACAGUCACAACAGCAGCAGCAGCAACAUCAGCCUGCGGUCAGCAAUUUUCAGAGGACCAACUUCCCUCAGCAGUCACAUAAAACCAUGAACAUGAUGGCCAUGGCAGAUGUGAUGAGCAAGUACCAACAGCAGCAGCAACAGCAGCAGCACCAGCAACAGCAACCGCGCCAGCAGCAACAGGCAACGCAAAAAGGACUCGAGGGCCUUCUUCUGACCAAUUUAAACACAAACAACAACAGCAGCAGCAGCAGUAUUAGUAACUUAAUCAUUAGCCAUAAUUCAGCCAGCAAUUCAGGCACCAAAAUCCAACCCAACUGGGGGCAAAGCGAUGCCAUUUCGGCAUUGUGGGGCUGUUCCAGCAGCAGCAGUGGCUGCUCCUCGGGCAGUGGAUCGCAGCCCUCGCUGAGUCCAACGGCCAGCAGUCAUGGCAACGACAAUAGCUCCAAGAUGAUGUUGUGGGCGACCCAGGGUUCGCCCCAAAAUGCUGCCACACUACUCAGGGAUGGAUUCAAGGAGUUGCAACAGCAGCAACUACAACUGCAACAGCAGCCGCAGCAGCAGCAACAGCAGGUGCAACAGCAAUUGCCACAUGCUGCCUCGCCCACAGCCUCGCUGACCAGUUCCAGUUCCUCCUCGAAUGGAUGGAGUGCUUCGCACUAUGGCAAGCAGCCCAAUAUCUGGGAGCUGCCGGGUCAAAGGACACCGGCCAGCAGCCACGACAUCUUCACCGAUCUCCUGUGCAACCUGAGCAUCAGUCAGGAUAAUAAUAGCAGCCAGCAGGCCAAAGCCGCCGAUGCCUCCGAUGUCAGCUCGAAUUCCUCUUCGUCGGCUGGUGAACUCCUGGAAGCGGCCAAUAUCUGGAGGUUUCCGGAGUACGCCAACCAGCUGUAUCCCGAGGAACCCACUGGCGGCGCUGCCGCUUGCAUGCAGCUCUUCAACGACUAUCUCAACAUGAACUAAACGUAGUGGAUUUAGGAGCCACAACAACACACGCCUGCAGCAUUUGUUACUCUAGCUAAAUUUAAAAAAGAUAUUACAACAAAAAAAAUAAGAAAAGAGUAAGCAGGAGGAGGAGAGCAAAGUUUUAGUUUUUUUAAUUAAUUUGAUUUUUUAUACAAUCACACACCACGACCACACACAUCUUAAAACCGAGAGAAAACUAUGCAAACUAAAAACAAUUUUCUUGUUAUUUUUGUUGAGUUUUUUUUUAGUUCUUUGUUUACACACCUACCUAAACACAAACAAAACAAGCAAUUUUUAGUUUUAUUUUUUAAAGCAAAUUUUUUUAUACAUUUUACCAAAAAAAAAACAAAGCGAAUGUAAAACAAAAAAAAAAAGGGAAAACGAGUAAAAGAUGAGACGUAGAAGAAAAAGAAGUGACAAAAACGAAACAUUUACAUCACGAUUGAGGGAAAAGUUUUAUUUAGCGAAAAUUGAAGGCAGGGCAUUAAAUUGUUUAAAGAAAUCAUGAUAAUUGCUGUGCUGCUCAAUAACACAAAAAUGAUGAAAAGCAAAAAAAGGAGAAGGAGUAGAGUAGGAGAGUAUAAAAUAAAGGGGAGAACAUGAAACAUUUGCUUCAAUUUAUGAAACGUAAAAUUACAAAACCUAAAUUUAACAAAACAACAACAUAAUCGAUAAGUUGCACAUCUUUACCUAAGCGAUUGGUAAUUAUUCCUAGUUUUAGUAAGCGAACCGAGAACCUCUAGAACCGAUUAAGUUUCUCUCUCCAGUUCGACACAGUUCAGUUAGGCCCUCAAAAUAAUACAGCAACCCCUAAGAGUCCAACCACCCACCCAACCAACCACUCACGCACACACACACACACACACUCACACAAAUAGCAGCCAGGCGGCACAUGCAACAAGGUCAUCAUCACCCCCUUUCAGGAGUAUUUCAAGCAGACCACCCCCACCCACGCCCUCCAAACUCUCUUAGUUAAGUUCUCAAAACAAAAAAAAAAACUUAAAAAAAAAAACAAAAAAUAUAAUAAACUUUCGGCGCAGCGUGAUCAUUAAUUAUUAAGAGUAAGCAUAGGUUAUAGCGAUCUUCUUUGUAUAUGUCUAGGGUUCUUCUCUUUGUCGUAACUAGCAGAGCAGCCGUAUGUGAUGGAUCUCUAAAAAUAGAGUGACGGGCCCGCAGGUGCAUCCAAAAACACAUGCAGGCACUCACUAUCGAUAGGUUUAGUAGGCUUAAGGACGAUUUUUUCUAAAUUUUAAAUAUGGUAUGCAAGCAAACAUCCAACAAUUUAUAGAGCGGUUCAAUGUUUCCUGUUUUGUGUUUAUUCCGUGCUAAGAAAAGUCACCAAGUCCCUGGGGUAAAAGUCCCUUUUCCUGUUCCCAUUUUCCUUCUCCAUCUCGAAAUUGUGAAAUUUUAAUCGAAUUAAAAUUAAAACCAAACCUAUCUGUGUAAAAAUGUUAAGGCAGCCUGAACCUUUAAUUUAAUCAGCAACAACUGUGUUAGCCUCCCUAAAAACUUAUUAUUUGCUUACCACCUUACAUCUGUGAAGUUUUUAAUUAAAUUGAAAAUAAAAGCCCACUUGAUAUUUCUCCAACUGUGUCCGAUAGUUUAGGCAACCUAAACCUUAAAAUCCGAUCAGCAAAAACUGUGUAAGAUAUUUCUUUUCAAAAUGCCUGUGAAGAUUUUAUUAAAAAUAAAACAAAAAACCCCCACUUGAUAUGACCCCCACUGUGAAAGGACUUUAGGCAACCUAAACCUAUAAAAAAGUUUUUUUCCACUCUACCUACUUUUUUACUUAACUCCUUUAAUUUUCUUUUUAUAAAUUCUGUGAAAAUUUUAAUGAAAUUAAAAGUAAAACCCCGUUAAAUUGACCUCAGCUGUGAAACUCAGUUUAGGUAACCUAAACCUUAAAACCAUUCAGCAGAAACUGCAAAUUUUUGUUUGAAUUUCAAAUUUAUUUUUGAAAUUUUAAAUUCUGUGAAAUUUUUAAUAAAAUUGAAAAUAAAAUCCCACUUGAUAUGUCCCCCCCAUCUGUGAAAAGAAGUUUAGGCCAGCUAAACAUUAAACAAGAUCAGCAGAAACUGUGUUAGAUUUUCCUCCUUUGGUUAUUUUUCUUUUCCAUUUGAAAAUUGUGUGAAAUUUUAAUGAAAUUAAAAGUAAAACCCCCUGAUAUGGACACCCAUCUGUGAGAAAAUGUUUAGGCAGCCUAAACCAAAAAUCGAUCAGCCGGAACUGUGUUAUAUAUAUCCCCCAUUCCUUAAACCCCCUCGUGUUCGAUACGAACCCUAUAUUUAGACCCUGUAAGUUUCGUCAAAUCAUCUGUGAAUGGAGUGUCGGGUAUUUUCCAAAAGGUUUUCCAUUUCGGGGACCAUAUAUUAGAGAGAAGACUCGACACUUUUAAAAAAUCCCUCACUGUGAGUAUUCGAAAGAAACGAAUUUUUAUAUAAAAUUCUAAAACCCCACACAUUGUGACUAGGCCUGGCCCAAAAAAUUCUUUGUGAAACCCAGUUGAAAACAAACAUUUUCGGAAAAUGUCUAAACCAAAAACCCCAAACCGAAAUUGCCUACAUUAAGACAGCCAAUCUGUGACCCCCGGUUUGCUCAUCCCCCUGUGAACAUUAAAAAUGUAUCUGUAGCACAGUGUAUUGCCCUUCGGAAGUAAUAAUAAUAGGACAUUUUCUAAUUUUUGGUUACCGUUUACUUUCAAUAGUUUCAACAGUGUGAUCAAGGCAUUGCCUGGAAUUUUUUGGAAAGAAAUUCAAAACCACCCUCGAAUAUCUGUGAAUGCCCCUCCCUGAAACUUCCCGAAUCCCUUUUAUCCCCCUUUGGUGACUUUUGGUGAGGGAUCUGCUUGAAAUACAAAACCCUGGGGAUCGGGAAUGGGAUCCGAAUCUUGCAUGUGCUGUUGUUUUUCCAGUAAAUACAAAUUAAACGCCUCCUUUUAGGCAUUUAGCAUUGCCGCCAUUUUACAUACCAAAUAAUACACGUUAAUUAAACGACAAUUUUUUCAGAACGCAUGAAGGGACAAACUGAGUGAUAGUAAAUUUUUUUUGUAUGCAAACCUACCAGUAACGAGACAUCUUCGUUAUGCUUACUUAUAUUGAACUACCGGUUAAGUUUAUAAGUACAUACCCUAUACCCUAUAAACCUACACCUAACUAACAUAAACCUAAAUUGAUAGAAACUUACGACAAGCGACACCUUUUGGCAUUUACUUGAGAGGAUUAUAUAUAAGUUUGGCACAGUUAUAUAUAAUUUUCGUCUAAAUUUAAGGUUUUAAUCUAACAUACAUGUACGCGCAGAGGAAGUGAACUUAUUUAUAGGCAAACCCCACACACACAAACACAAAAAAAAAAACAUGACACACGAAGCACACAGAUACAGCAUAUAGUUAUAUAGAUAUUUAAUUGGAGUAACCUUUAGCCCUACACUACACUACACUACACUGCACAACAAAAAAAACAUAUUGGUAAUAAGUUAUACGCAAGCUAAGGCUGCAAAAGUAAGGCAGCAGCACCCGCACCACCAACUACUACGUAAGUCAGCCCGUGUUUUAGUUUGAUUCAGUGUUUGUUUUAGUUAAAUGUGCUAGGACGAAGUCUCGAUCGCGUCCAGUCGAGAAGAAAACCACAAACUUAUGCCCACCUCAGCCACCAAUAAGAAGGAGAAGAACCGAAUCGAAUCGAAUCGAAUCGAAUAAGCCCCUAAACAGUAAUAGUCAGACUUCCGAUCACAACUAAUUCUAAUGAAUCGUAACCCCUAGACGGCAAAUGAAUAAACAUAGUUGAAGUCUUUAAGUAAUGAGGAAGAGAUGGCGAUUGAGCGAGAGUAAAACACAUUAAAAUGUAAUUUAUAUUACCUCCUUAGCAAAAAUCAAUAACAAAUAACGAUUAACAAAUAACAAUGUUUUCUAAAUGCAUAUUAAACUAUGAUAAAUCAAGGCAAAGUAAAACAAAAUAUGUACGUUUAAAUCAAGUAAUCAAUUUAUAAACAAUUUAAAAGCAGUUUUUGUUUAGUUCAUAAUUUGUACUCAAGAAACAAAAAAAAAAAACAACAACCAUUUAUAUUUUAUGUUAAACGAAUGAAAUAUUUGCGCGCCUUUCCCCUUAAAUCUUUUGACGAUCUUCAGUUACUGGAAUAUUGGAACAUGCCAAAAUCCGUGUAGAGCCCAGCAGAAGCAGCAGCAAAAUGUUUAAACUUUAACCGAAAUUCUUAAAAACCAAUUUUUGAUAGCUCCCUCCGAGCUUUCUCAGAUCAUCUGAUGACGAAAUGUACAAAUUGGUGAAGUUUAGGCACUUUCAACCGCGACCCUCCUCCGAUUCCCCAAAGCCAAGGCAAUAAAGCGCAGCAGAUAUUUCCAAAAUUAUAUACUCCCCGAAAAUCAAACCCACUGUGUAAUCCCCUCCUCCGAUUCACCAAAUUUAUUGCUACCCGAUUAUAAUUUUGUUUAAUUAAAUAUACACACUUAGCAAACUUUUGUUUAUGCCUAAUUUGUAAUGUGUAAUAUAUGUAUACUUUGUACCUUUUUAUGUUAUACACAAAUACCCAAAACCCUACGAUCCACAGAAGGAAUCAAUCCCUCGCCCAGUGUUUAAUCCCCCCUAGCCCCUCUACUCCCUACGCUCCUCCUCUCCUACACAUUUUGGCAAUUCAACUUGAAUGUCUACUUUUAAUGUAAUUUAGUUGAAUAUUUUAGUUGAUUUUUAUUAUUAUUAUUCGUACUCCGUAUGGAAAACUAAAUAAAUUUAAUUGUAUUUCAAUAAAAACGAAAAAGGACAAAAAUUACAUUACUUUCUGCUAUUAUUAUUACUACAAUUAAUAUUGAAUUUUUGUUGAAUUUUCAAAUGAUUAAAUGAAAUAUUUUUAAUAAUUUGUAUUUGGUUUUAUUUACAUUUACCCCCUAACACUCUUUAUAUAUUAUUUGGUACUCUUUUAUUUCGGUUGCAACUGCAUUGAUAAAGCCCAUAAAAUUGGAUAUAACUAAAUGCCGGACGACAAACUGCCGACUAGAAGGAGCAGAGAAUAAACCUUUACCGAAAUGUAUUGCUUAGCAUCUAGUAGGAAACUACAUACCUACCAACUUUGGUUCCCGAUCCAGUUUCCUCCGAUCGCUACAUAGUUUAGCAGCUACCUCAGUUUAGUCACAUCGAUAGAGUCUUAACUACACAAGUAUAUAUUUUACUCGACGUAGGAACAUGUUAAUCGCAGCUUUUAAACAGAAUAGCUUAGUUGUAUGAUUGAUAUGCAACGAUUUAUUAAGACCCCCCACAUCCAGUGUCCAGUCAUCCAGUCCCCCCCACUCCCCCGAAUUUGGAUUAUACCCUUUCCUUUCCGUUGUUCUUUAGCUAACUUGCUUACUGAGUUACCUGCGUCCCCUGAUGCACUAAAUCAAUUUCUUAGUUGAAUUUUGAGUUGAAAGCGCAGAAAAAAAGCUGAGCAGAUGAUGAAAUGAAAAUGAAGGUCAAUGUUGUAGUCGAAUUUUUGUUCACGUUUGUUCUCGUUAAGUUGAAGAUUUCAUGCCAAAGUACAAACCUUAAAUCAAUUCUUCGUAAUUCCUUAUACCUAAUACCUAUCCUAGGUCCCCCCCCAGUUUCUUUAAAAAAACCUUAGUUCGCUUGAGGUCGUUUGCCUCAUCCCAAAUGGGCUGCACUUGUUUAGCAUUUAAGUGUAUUUUAUAUAUGGUAGCAAGUCAAGAAGAUACAUAUACGAACAAAAAAUUCGCAUACCCGAGGAAACUUUAGUUGCAUUUUAGGCAUUUGGCAUUUUGCACAGGUUUUGCUAGAAACGAAUUUGGUUUAUACUUACUAUAAUUCGUAUCCGUAUUUGCUAUUGCUAUUGGUAUUGUAUUGAAUAUUGUAUUGGAAUUAUCCCUAGAGUACGUAGCAUUUAAGCAGCAGUGAGUGCAAGAGCAGAACCGAACCGAACCGAUGUGUGACGAACCGCUGGUUAAGUGGACCAACAGUCGGUUGAUCAGAUCCCUGGGUCCAGAUAUCGAGAUCCAUAUUAUAACUAGGCGUAGGCAUAGGUCGUACGGCCAAAAAACUGGAGUGUUGAGCAAGCAAUACGAGCGAAGGCCCCACAAAAGGCAGCCAAACACUGCGGAAGCCCCAACUCGCACCCCCAAAACCGCCUCUCUGGGCUUUUUGAUUUAGCUAAUAGCUGAUAGAUUAUAGAGUAGGAAACACUACACUACACUACGCUACAUUACGCCAGAAAAACACCACACUAUACACUACACUAUAUCUAUAUAUUAUAUUAUAUUAUAUUAUAUCUUUUUUGAGGCGCACUCGUGCUGAUGUGGAGUAUGAAUUGUCGAACAAUCGUUGCCAUUUAUUUCGCUAUAAGUCACCAGUCCAAGUCGUGUCUAUGUGUUGUACUUAGGUUUUAGCAGUGCCCAACAGUUCGUUUUUAACUUAUAAUCCUCGAUGUUGUGUUUUGUUCUCUGUAGGAUCAUGUAUUACCCUAGACUAGAACUAGUAUUAGUCUAAGCUUCGUAAAAAAUCUAUAGUAUAUAGGGAUAGAAGAAAGCGAUAAACGAUAAGCGAUAAGCGAUAACCGAUAACCGAAGGACUGAUCCUGUGCGCGUGUGUGUCGAUAUUUGAAAUUGUGAUCCAAGACUGACUGACUGAAAUAAACUCCAAGGCAAGAUGAAUAAAGCAUAAGUACUAUAUAGAACAUCCAAGCAAUUCAGGUAUGCGAACUAAUCAAGAAUUCAAGGACUUCCAGCGAACACAGAGACUAACUACGAAGCAACAAAAGCAAACAGAACUUUCUACCUCAUUGUUGAAACGUUUGUAGCCGAGUGUGUGGCUCUUUAGCACCCGACAAUACCUCAGAUGCAGAACCAAAAAAAAAAAAAAAAACAAAACAUUAAUCGAAGAUCGAUGAUCGAUGAUAGAAGUUGAAAGAUUGAAGUGGGCAAAGCAGAGAUGAAGGACUUUCAGUGUAAAUUUGAAUACGUAUUACGAGUAGUAAUCAUCAUUUCCAUCACCAUGUCAUAUGAACUCAUCUCCAGUCACGUCAGUCAUCACACACACAGAGACACGCCACACACACACACACUGCCACAGGAGUGCCAGGACCCCACUCGUAUCAUCGCAUUAUCCAUUCUAGGGUUAAAGUCACGCGCAAGAAGACAACACCAAAAAACCAAAUCAAAUCAUUCCAAUCGAAUCAUUCGAAACGAAUCAUUUAGGCUAAGCGGUUAGCAGGACAGCCACAAAAUAGUUGAUAAGCACUACAAUUGGCAUCAUUAAUACAAUCAUUUUGCAACACUUUAAUUUGGAUUUGCAUUUUGGAUUCACUUGAUUUCCGAUUGAAAAGAGCUCCCCGAUAUGUGAUAUUUAAUUGGUAAUUGCAAAAUCGAAAUUGAAUUUGAAUUUGAAAUUGAUAGGGAAGGAUGAUAGGAGAACACGCGAAGGAAACUCAACAUCUGUGAGCAUUGGCUUAGCACUUAAGUUCGAAAGAGAUUAAGGAUUAUAUAUACUUGUAUUUAGAUUCGUAAAUUCGGAUUCGGAUUCGGAACACCAACUGUGAGCGCAUUAAAGAUGAUCUGAAAUCAAAUGAAAUUUAAGGAAAUCAUAUGUGGUAUAUUUUUUGGCUUGAAAUUUGUAAAAUUCGCAUAGGAAUCGAAUUCGAUCGUCUAUUUUGGAUACUGUACCAGUACUUCGGUAAGCUUAGGUUUAGUUAUUCCACAAAACACAUGAGUCUGCAUCACAUCUGGCUAGGAAACAAUCAUGCACUUUUCGAUAACUCAUAACUGUGACGAAAUUUACACAAUCCAGCGCAUUUGACAAAGAUUCCCCUAAGUUAAUCAAAAUUAACAAAGAAACAUUUUUGUGGCUGCCUCGAAGUAAAUAAAAGUUAAUCACUCGCUAAGUAGGAUCGCUUCGGGUCCCCUAAGGACCGCCAGGCAUAGAAUUCUAAGCUCUAGACUAAGCACGCUUCCCAACUAACCCCCCUUUGUGGAAAAAUAAAAAGGGGGGGCCAUCAUUAUACUCACUCUCUUAACACACACUCACACACGAAUACAAAUUAAUGGAAUAAUUACCUCAGAUUAGAAUUUUUCUAGUUUAAUUCUUACAAAUAUACAUAUAAAUGUUAAAUGACGAACAAAAACCAAAAGCAAAACUAAUGAAAAUAUUAUGAAAAUCACUUAUACACUCCACAAAACAAAAACAAAAACAAAACGAAAGAGCAAAACGAAACGAGCAUUUUUUUAAUGGCGAGUUAUGAGAAAUUUUAAUAGUAAAAUUCAAGAGCAAUUUAUUAUACAAAGGCAAAGAAAAUACCAAAUAAUACCUAAGCAAAUACCAUACAUACAUCAAAAUGCAUGCAAUCUCAACUAAACUAAACCAAAAUCAAGUAAACUAAACUAAACUAAAUUAAUGCAAACUUUUAAACGUUUCCCC